AUGAAAACCAACCUCCACGACUCCAUAUUCCAAUCCGCAAUUAAGCACCUCAAAGCCCGCAAUAUGAUUUCUGAGAUGAAGUCGGUCGAGCACCCCACCCGCAAAAUGUACAUCUUGUCUUCCCUUCGUCCAAGCGAGCGCGCCACAGGUGGUCCAUGGUUCACAGACGGCGAGCUAGACGAGGAGUUCAUCAACACGGUCAUCAAAGUCCUGUUCGACUACAUCAUGAAGCGCACAUUCUACCACUCCAAACACAACGUCAGUCCUGUGCGCCAGGCGAAGAAGGUACAUAAGAAGAUGACGCCUGAGGAGAUCAAGGCCAUGCGUGAUCAAGGUCUCGGCGCGAGAGUCAAGGACGAGCCAGACUCGGAGGUAGCAGCCAAGAAGCGCAAAUACGAUAAUAUGCUUCCCAUGCCUGCAGGAUAUCAAGGUUACCCGACACUGGAUGAACUGACUCUCUUCGUGGAGAAUGCCAAUAUCUUCUCGCAGACCCUGGCGGCGAAUGACAUACAGCAGCUGCUGGAUAUUAUGUGCUACGACGAUCGGAUCGAUCGGGUGAUAAAUGGUAGUGAGGGUGUUUCGUACAGGGCGCUGAGGAAGAGCUUGAUGGAAGAGGAGGAGAGGUCCAGUUUAUUGAGUGAGGUGCCCUGUGGGAGGUGUCCGGUGUUUGACCUCUGUGAGGAGGGAGGGCCAGUUAGUCCAUCGAAUUGCGAGUAUUUCAAUGACUGGUUGAGCAUUUAA